AUGCAACAGUCUUUUGUAAUUUCUCUUCUUCUUUUUUUUUUUUUCUUUUUAUGUGUUAUUUUUUUCUGCAACGUUGCUUCCAUCUUUAGAGCGGCCGGCUCGAAAGACGCUAUCUCGGAAGUGCAACUGCCGAAGGAUGAGGUGAUCGCCAACACAGCCACUCUUAGCGGAGAGAACAACUCCUAUGACAGCUUAAACCACGUGUACAAGGACGGACACCAGCCGCGUCAUCAAGCGGGACAUCGCGCAGGUGGCGGAGCAGGUGUUCAUCCUCUACCCGUUAGUGCUAGCUUCUCCAGCUACAAGAAGCUGUCGGAGGAGACUCCCUCUCCUAAGAGCACGUCGCCUACGUCAGGCUGCACUGUUAAUGACUCUGUUUUUGAUGAACGGUCCCAGUGCCAAGAUUCAAGUACCCCGAGCGGUGCCACCGAAUCCGGUCGGGGAGUCGGAGGCGGCGUCGGAGGCGGGGGAGGUGGCGGAGGCAAGUUGCCGAUCAACGUGAUUGAAAAUUACUACUACUAUCCGGGGAGCAUACCCGGAUCAGACAGCAGCAUCCCCGAUGGGAACGGGGUUUAUUUCGACGACGACAGUGUGGAAGAAGACAUGCCAACCCCGCAGACGGAAGUAGCCUGUGCGGGACCGCGCAUGCGCAACGAGAGCAUUCAGGAUCUUGACAACCCUCGGAUUUACGACCUGGAUGAAGAGGAUCGGGCCGUGUUGCGGCGUUACGGGCGGACAGGACCCGACACGGAGGUUGCCUAUUGCUACGGUCGACAAAAUGAUCGCUUUAGACACCGGCCCGAAGUGGCGACUUUGCGAUCACGACGCAACCAUUAUGAAUACCCUGACAUGGACCACAGGGAGCUGCCACCUAUACCCCCACCACCCCCACCAACCUUCCUGCUUCGUCCGACGCCUGUACACGCCCGGACAUUGCAACAUUAUCAUCAUUACCACUAUCCGACGAGGUCGUCUCUGGAUGACGGCGACGGAGAACGGACGUUGUAUAUUCGGAGGCACCAGUACCAACAGCAGCAACAGCAGCAGCAGCAACAAACCCCGGAGAGUAUAAUGCUCCGGGGUUUGCCGCCAACCCCGAGGAGUCAUUACGAGUACCCGGAUGAAACGGAACUGGAGCUGCGAAGAGGACUCACCUUGCCGCCGCCGCCGCCCCCACCACCACCACCACCUCCGCCGCCGCCGCCGCCAACGCACGAACUUCAAUCGGCGAGUCACCGACGGCCAUCUUUGAUGAAACUCCUGAGUCAACUUUCCGCUCCUCUCACUGGACGAAGGGAUGUCCCUGAAUGA